UGGAGUUUGUAUGUGCUUGGUUAGCGCCACUCCGUUGGCUGCGACUGCUGUGAGUGUUUGGCUCCAGGUGGGCUCACGCGGUGAGUCAUGGUGGAGAACUUCUCUUGGGUGUUUGGGGGUUCGAUUCCCGUGCCCAGGGUCUUAGUGCGCGCGGAAUCUCCCGAAUUUUCACUUUGUGUGGUUUUUAACCUCGGUCGGGGGGAGGAGAGGAGUGCGUGGGCGACUGUCUUCCUUUGUAGAUGAACUUCGAGGUGAAGUUCACUUCCCCUGUUACUUACAAGCUGAAACUGGCCCAGACGUGCAGGAUUCAGUUUCGAAAAAAACCUAUUGAGAACCAAUUUUAGCAGCUAGGCGCUGCAGGAACUGGAGACACACUGACCUGUGUAGGAGGAUGCCCUGCGAGUGUACAUAAGUCGCGAUGUCUCGAGAGACGGAUGGGAAGCGUCAGCAGUCCCAUGGCAGUGGCUCCUGUACCCAGUCCCAAGGUGGCUUCUCGCAGUCUCAAGGCACCUCCUCCCAGACACACAGCUCCUCCUCACACUCUCCAGUCACGUCCAGCUCCACCAGCACAGCACCCACAUCCAGCCAGUCCUCUCACUCCAGCUCGGGGACACUGAGCUCCUUAGACACAGUGUCCACCCAGGAACUCUGUUCUAUUCCUGAGGACCAGGAACCCGAGGAGCCUGUCGCUGCCCCUUGGGCUCGGUUAUGGGCCCUUCAGGAUGGAUUCCCCAAUCUUGAGUGUGUUAAUGACAGCUACUGGUUUGGGAGAGAUAGAAGCUGUGAAUACUGCUUUGAUGAGCCACUGCUGAAAAGAACCGAUAAAUACCGGACUUAUAGCAAGAAGCACUUCCGGAUUUUCAGAGAAAUGGGUCCUAAAAACUCUUACAUCGCAUACAUAGAAGAUCACAGUGGGAAUGGAACCUUUGUAAAUAGAGAGCUGGUAGGGAAAGGAAGACGCCUUCCUUUGAAUAACAAUUCUGAAAUUGCACUUUCAGUAUGGAGUAAUAAAGUUUUUGUAUUUUUUGAUCUGACUGUAGAUGAUCAGUCAGUUUAUCCUAAGGAAUUAAGAGACCAAUACAUCAUGUCAAAAACUCUCGGAAGCGGUGCCUGUGGUGAGGUGAAGCUAGCUUUUGAGAGGAAAACAUGUAAGAAAGUAGCCAUAAAAAUCAUCAGCAAAAGGAAGUUCGCUAUUGGCUCUGAGACAGAGGCAGAUCCAGCUCCCAAGGUUGAAACAGAAAUAGAAAUUUUGAAAAAACUAAAUCAUCCUUGUAUCAUCAAGAUUAAAGACUUUUUUGAUGCCGAAGAUUAUUAUAUUGUUUUGGAAUUGAUGGAAGGAGGAGAGCUCUUUGACAGGGUGGUGGGGAAUAAGCGCCUGAAAGAAGCUACGUGCAAACUCUAUUUUUACCAGAUGCUCCUGGCUGUACAGUACCUUCACGAAAAUGGUAUUAUACAUCGGGACUUAAAGCCAGAGAAUGUUCUACUCUCAUCUCAAAAAGAGGACUGUCUUAUAAAGAUUACUGACUUUGGGCAGUCUAAGAUUUUGGGGGAGACCUCUCUCAUGAGAACCUUAUGUGGGACUCCCACCUACCUGGCUCCUGAGGUUCUUAAUUCCUUUGGGACUGCUGGAUAUAACCGAGCUGUGGAUUGCUGGAGUUUAGGAGUGAUUCUUUUUAUCUGCCUUAGUGGGUAUCCACCUUUCUCUGAGCAUAAGACUCAAGUGUCUUUGAAGGAUCAGAUCACCAGUGGAAAAUUCAAUUUCAUUUCUGAAGUCUGGGCAGAGGUCUCAGAAAAGGCUCUGGACCUUGUUAAGAAGUUGUUGAUAGUGGAUCCAAAGGUGCGUUUUACGACAGAGGAAGCCUUAAGACACCCGUGGCUUCAGGAUGAGGACAUGAAGAGAAAAUUUCAGAAUUUACUUUUUGAAGAAAAUAAGCCAACGGCUCUACCCCAAGUCCCGGCCCAGCCUUCCACAAGUCAAAAGCGGCUUCUUGAAGGGGAAGCAGAGGAUGCUGACACCACAAAGCGUCUGGCUGUGUGUGCUGCUGUGUCGUGAACUUUGGUUGAACAUGAAAGAAACCUGCCUUCUUGAACCUGCUGCCAUUUUCUUUAAAUCUGUUUUUUAUAGUUUAUUUUAAUUGUGGGGAUGGUUGCUUUUUCACAAUCAUCAAUACACAAUUCCAAACCUAGUGGAA